UAUCGUAGUGGUUGGUUCUGGUUCUACUGUAUCAGUGGUAACCAAUCACCAGUGGUACAACAAUGAGACUGAGCUAUUUGUAAUUUGUUAUUAUGCUCAAAUACUCAAAAACAGGAAAAAAUACAUUAGUAGCAAUGUUUUUGUGCAUAUGAAUGAUAAUGCAAUCAGGAUGUCUGGUUUAACAAAGGAAUUUAGUUUUGAGUUUGUGAAUGAGGACAAGUCUUGUAAGUUUCUGACAAAUGUAAAAAUCCCCGCUGAUGUUUCAAAAGUGAAUGAAUUGACGAAGAGAAUUGUGAAUUAUCACAAUUUGCCAGCCUACUUGGAAGAGGAUUUACUGAAUUGUCUUACGCUUUUCAUGAGGAAAGAAAAUAAUGCAUUUUUUGAUGAUCAAGCAGAUGAAAUUUUAGAGAUAUGUACACACAAUGCAAAACAAGCUGAGAUAGCGAUUGAUUCAUGGAACGAAGCUUUUACACAAGAAUGCUCAAAAUAUUCUGAUGCAAAAGAAGUGAAAACCGAGGAACUGACCUUCUCUGAGAUGUACCACCUCCUCAUCCAUUCAGCAUCCUUAGAGACAUUACUUCAGUUAGAGAAUACCUAUGCAUUAGCUGUUCAGGAUAUGUUGGCACAAAGAGAUGCUGCUCUGGACAAGUUAGAACAAAAGCAAAAUAAGGAAAUGAAAGAAGCACUGGAACCUGGAGUUGCUGGCAUUAAUUCGGAUAACUAUCACGAAUCAGUAAAUAAUCUUGCGGCAAGACAUUGUGAAGAUACACAGAUGAUAUCGACGCAAUGGUCGAGUGCUUUGUCAGACCUUCAAGAAGUUCAGAAAAGAGAAUAUCAAGAAUGGGUUGGUAAAGUGCACGAAGAUCUUGUCCAGACGUCAAGCAAAGAUCCGGGUGGUUCUUUUGAAAGCUUUAGAUCUCGCAGUGCAUCUACCGUUAGCUUGCUCCCUGAUGAGGUGCACAAUCAGAUGUUGGAAGAAAGUUUUACGAUACACUUAGGAGCACAGAUGAAAUCAACGCAUAAUCUUAGGUUGAUGUGUUGUGAUCUUCUCGAUUUAUGUCGUUAUAAACCUGCUAAGCAAGGGACUAGUAUAUGGGCACAACCCCAAAGAAUUCAAACUGCAAUGUCCUUGUAUUCUCAAUCACUCUCCGGCUUGGUUUUGCUUGUCGACAAUAGAAUUAACUCCUACACUGGAAUUAAGAAAGAGUUUGCGUCCAUAUGUCAGCAGUCCACGGACUUCCAUUUUCCUGACUUGGAUAAGCAGUUUUGUAUGAUUCAACAGAAUUUGGAGGAAAGACGACAGAAAAAGAUGCAAAUAAGUGGGGCUAUCGACGCAAGAAAUGAUGAAGCUUUUAAAACUUCAACCAUGGAGACUGGUAAUUUUUACAUUACACGUCACUCCAAUCUUUCUCAAGUACAUGUUGUGUUUCAUCUGGUCGUCGACGACUCUCUAAAAUCGCCCACCCUUGCAGCACGAAAUGCAAUCGUCAGUGGUUUGCGUAAUGUCCUGCAUACAGCUUCACGUCAAAAUAUUCACACCAUAACACUACCUGUUUUGCUGGCGGAGGAAAUGACAGAGGACAUGACAGUAACGUGGUGUACAAGGCGAGCAGAAUUGGUUCUGAAGUGUGUUAAAGGUUUUAUGAUGGAAUGUGCAUCCUGGAGUGGCUCUGAAUCAUUCAAUAUCCAGUUUGUUUUGCCGAAGGACAUUUCGUCAGAUAUGUUUCACACACUUAGCAACAUGCUACCCAGCAUAUUUCGUGUAUCAAGGACGCUGGACCUGCAAGAUUUAUCACGAAAGUAAAAAAAAAAA